AUGACUCAAACCCACGACGCUGCUAUUCUCCCUCAAAGGGGUGGCCCAUUUAUAGUCGCAGAACGCAAUACCCCAGAGCCUGGUCCGAAUGAGCUCCUUAUUGAAGUCAAGGCUGUGGCCCUAAAUCCUGUCGACUGGCACCAACGGGACACCGGCUUCCCUCCUAUACCCAGUUAUCCCACGGUCAUCGGAUCCGAUGUGGCUGGUAUCGUCGCCAAGGUAGGCCCCGGCGUGUCAACGGGCCUUGUCCCAGGCACACGAGUUAUCGCUUUUGCCUCAAACUUCUACCAUGAUGGCUUGCCAGAUUAUGGAGCCUUUCAGAAACUUGUCUUGGCUCAGGCCGAAGGCGUUGUUGCGAUCCCAGACAACCUUUCGUUUGAACAAGGUGCUGUUUUCCCUUUGGCUGUUAUGACUGCCCUGACGGCAUGGACAACAAUUGGCAUCUCGCUCGAUACUCGGUAUACACCGCAGGACAAGCAGGCAGUUUUAAUCUGGGGUGGCGCGAGCAGUGUCGGCACUUUUGCUGUUCAAUCGGCUAGAAUGCUGGGUUUUACCGUCUAUGUAACUGCCAGCUCUCAGAACCACGAGUACAUGAAGAAACUCGGAGCACACGCCGUCUUCAACUACAAAGAUAGCGAUGUGGUCUCCCAGAUUGUUCGUCAGACUCAGAAAGAUGGCGUCAGGCUCAACACCGCACACUGCGUCGUCGAGGAUAGUCUACAGCCAACGCUGGAUGUCCUCAUGGAGACCAAAGGCGAUGCUCCGGCCAAAGUUGCACAUUCUCCUAAUCUUCCCCAAGAUCAUCCCACUCUUGACAAUACUACAAUCUUGUUCAAUUUCCCGCCGGUCUUGUCUUUCGCGGGAGGAGACACGACCGUUAGGGACAAGCAUAUGUACCAGUGCUUCAAUGGAUGGCUAGCAGAGGGCCUCAAAUCGAAUACCGUUGUUCCUAGUCCGCCCAUUCAGGUUGAGGCUGGUGGUUUGGAGGGUUUAAACUCUGCGCUGGAUAAAUUGAAGGCCGGUGUUAGUGCCACGAAGAUAGUGGUUCCGAUAUGA